UUGAAGAAUCAGUGCGAAGUUUUCAUCAAAGCUAACAUUUGUGUUGAUAAUUGUUUGAGAAUUUACCGAAACUUGAAGCCAGCUGGCAGUACGUCAGUAGUCAGUCUCGCUUGGAAAUUCAUCCUGCGGCACUUUCAUGAACUCAAAGACUCCCAAGACCUCCUGGAUCUCGAUUUCAACGACUUGAAAUCUUUAAUUGAAGAUGGCACACUGUGUACUAAAUCUGAGGACAGUGUUAUCAGGCUUAUACUGAACUGGACUUCUUAUAACUCUAGUGAAGAUGAUGGUUCUAACCAACACUGCGACAGGGCUUCGAGAGAGGAAGUAAUGUCGGUGUCAGACGACAGUGAUGAUGGUGUGGCGAGUCACGUGAAUGAAUCACUUCAAACGACACAUCUCAACAGCGUUAAAGAGAGUCAAGUUGCAAAGAUGGAUGCUCAGAUUCAAACAGAUUGCCUGACAAGCGGAUCGCUGAGGGUUUCUGCAAGGUUUUGCCCCCGCGCUAAAUUUUUGCAUGAACUGUUGACGUUGUGCCGUCUGCACUUGGUAAGUAACAGCUGUUUGGCGCAGUUACUGGAUGAGAGCUGUCUGAUCCAGCAAGUAGCAGAAGCUAAGACGUUAGUCAUGAAGCUCCUAGGGUGGAAACUGAAAGGUGUUGGGGCGUGCAACCCUUGCUCCAUUUGGUCACUCCGUAGACAGAGUGAAACGACUGAAAAUGUUGUCAUCUGGUUUGAAAUGUCUGAAGGUGUAGCUCCCCCCACAACCGCCGCAGAAAGCGGCGGCGGUUUUUCGUUCGGUAGCUGCAGUGGUUUUUCGUUCGGUAGCUGCAGUGGAAGAGGAAAUACCCCAACAAAUCCUCCACCUCCAACUUCGUCUGUAGCGUUCGGUUUCACUUUACCAACUUCACUUUCUAAAAGUAACAUGCGAUGUGUGCAACUAAAUCGAAAUUACCUCCCUUGGACCAAGAAAACUGUCGACUUCACUCCCUGUGCGACUGCUGUUUGGAACGACCAAGUGUUUGUUUUGCCAAAACAAGAUCUGGAUGGGAUUUUUAUCUGUUCCUUGCUUACUGACUCAAAUUUUACUCGGAUUGGGUUCAACAAUAAAUUUGUGAAAGGGUCCAAUGUGGCAAUGGCAGUUGUUGGUAAUCGCCUGUAUGUUGUGGGCAAUGACGUACUGUUAUUGACUGAGAGUAAGAGGGAUGUUCAUUUGGGGUCAGCGCACAUCACCACGAUGCCGUCGCAUCUUUAUUUCCCGGACACACAGGUGACCAAUAUCACCGUGGCUACAGUAGGAUCAAAUAUCAUAAUCUUCGGUCGUGAGAGUGGAAAUGAGCAAACUGACGUCACAGUGGUCCAGUGUAUCGACACGCACCUCGAUGUGGGAUACCGUCUGAGUGAUAUACAGGCUAACCCCCAGGGCAUGACAGUAUUUCAAACGUAUGACGAGACCUUUGUCUUGUUUCGCUCUGGGGCUCUUUGGAAACUUAAAGAAAACCAUGAGACAGGGCACGUCAAAGCCCGUUUCGUCUCGCUGUUGUGGGACUAUGACCGAGCGCUUUGUGGAGCGACAUUAGUAAAAGGAGAACUCUGGCUUUUCACUGAGGAACUACAUGAUGAUACAUGUACUGUCACAGUGGAAGGUGUGUUCACAAAAGUCAAGAGCGUACAGGCAAAAGGGGGCUUUUUUAUGAAUGCAGUUGCGCCAAACACAAAUCGCAGUAGUUCUCUAUUUUGAGAGAGGUACAUCUAUGUGACACAUUGUGGUUCACAUUUGAACGUCAUUGUUAGGGGGUGGGACUUUGACUCCCAAAUUUGAUUGAUGAGACUGAUUGCACGCGAAUUUUAAGCCUGUCAAAGACUUCUGUUUCCUGUAAUGAUUUUAUUCAGAAAAAUUACAACACGUAGAGUGGAGCCUUCACAUUAUAAGAGGAACACCCAUAGAUCUUUAACUUCCAUUUUGAAUAAAUGUAUCGCUCAUUGAGUUCCACACUUUCAUAUUUGUAACUGGAAGACGUGAACUUGAGUAUAAGGACU